AGGAGCCAUGAGCGCUGGCUGGACGGAGAUAUUUUUACGGCCAUGCUUUCCUUCUUCUGGGUGGACCUCGGGGUGAAAGGCCUUUGCUGUUGUGGAUGAGGGGAGUCAGGGUCUGCCUGUUAUAGGCUCAGAGCUGCUCAGAGACAUGACUUCUCGUGCUUCUGUCCCUCCAUCGCCGCUGUCAUUGCUCCUCACCUGGCUGCUCAUGUCCGCGAGCGCGCUGGAGUUGAUUGAAAGAGAAGCUCCUGAGGUCACUUGCAGCGAGGGUUUGACUGAUUGCAGUGUGAGUUCAGAGUCUCUGUUUGCUGCUGCUCCACCUGAUCCAGAUGAAACAACAAACAUCACUCAUGCGAAGCUGAAAGUGUUUCUGUGCUGUUCUGCUGCACAAGACUGUAAACCCUGCCUGCAAAUCAACAUCACAGUCCAAAUUGUAGGAGUGGACAACCCAAAGGAUAUUUCAGAGGCAUCUGGUCAGUACAGCAGUCAUGAGGAUGUCUUUGGCAUGAAUGUGGAGGGGAGUGUCCAGUUUGUGGUUUCUGAGCGGAGAGUGAAAGUGUGUCACAGUUCACCAGGAUUGCCCGAGCUUUGCAAGAUAAUCCAGUUUACACCAAAGAUCUCGGGUUUACAUAAAGCAUCACAGCAGGACACACUUCAGCUUCUUUUGAGGAAGCACCUGAUGUUCGGCAGUCCUGUUUCAGUCCAAGCCUUUACAGGCUUGGAUGGCACAGACAUCAUUAAAAAAAUCACAAUACCAUCUUUACAAGAAGUCUGCUCCAUGGACAUAGAAUGGGCUGUAAAGGACUGUGACACCCCCAGACUCCAAGCUAUGACUGCUAGUAAGACAAAUGAAGUCCUCCUUCAGCUUGAAAAUAAUACCAAUACCUCACAAGAUGAGCUCAUGUUUCAUAUGGUUUGGGAUAACAUAUCAGGAGAGAGUCUUUCAUGGCCCAAGGGCAAGACAGAAAUCGCCAUCCCAUUAAACUUCAUUGCACCGUGCCUCUGCUUCCAGGUGUGGUGGAAGGGAAAGAAACUCCGCAGACCAUUCUGCCCUUUCAAAAACAAACAAGAUGCCAUGGAAAGAAUGCAGCAGAAUGUGUCUGUGUCUGUGGUUGAGUCUCGGAUGAGGGACGGAGGUACUGGGCUGAGCUGGAAUGUGACUGCCCCCUGCAGGCUGGAGGGAGAGUUGUGGUUGUGCAAGAAGGACGCAGCAGGAGGGCUGUGUGAGGAGGUGACGGGCUCCAGACAGAAACUGGACAACCAAGAACAUGCAGGCUGGAGGGCAUCACGCAAAGGACACUGGAAAACAGGAGAAUUCAAUGCAUCUUCACACCCUUUGCUUUGCAUCCAGUUAAAGAUCCAUGGGAUGCAGUCAUACUUUGAGCCUCAUUGUCCAUUUACAAAAUCUCGAUGGAGAUGGAGCCUGCCACUUCUCAUAUCAAUACUACUUAUCUGUGUCGCCAUACUAGGAGCCUAUUUUAUACAAGGGGUCCUUAAAGGCUACAUGUGGAGGUGGUUGAAAGAAGAGGAUGUUAAAGGUGCUGUGGGUGGUGGUCAUGUGGUGUUGCUGUACCCAUCUGAUGAUGACCAGGCUUUACCAGAGCUGAUGAGUCACCUGGGUUCAUCCCUUCAAGCUCUGGGCUUCAGCGUGUCUUUAGACUUGUGGAGCCAGACUGAACUGGGUGUUCUGGGUCCUGUGCCCUGGCUCCACUCAAGACUAAACCGACUGCAAAGGCAGGGGGGUAAAGUGGUCCUGGUCCUAACCCAGACUGCCUGGAUCAGAGCUGAGGAGUGGGGAGCUCAGAGUUCAGAGAGGAACACUACCAGGAGCAAAGAUAUGAAGGAAGAGGAGGAAGUGGAAAGAAACUGCACUACAUCCUCUCAAUGUGUAGAUGUCUUUACUGCUUCACUGAGCUGUAUUCUUGCAGACUAUUUGCAGGGCCGUGCUGGUGAGCGGUUCAUGCUGGUACAGUUUGAGUCACUCCCACCUGAACCUCCAGGUGGGUUCAGGCCAUUGCCAGAACUUUUCCGUGGACUUCAUGUCUACAGCCUUCCUUCUCAGAGCCUGGGUUUUCUGACUGAGCUGGCAGGGGCUCGACAAAUGGCAACAGCUUCUGCAAGAAGGAAGAGGGCAGGGGGGCUGAGGAUGGCAUCCCGAGCUCUGGCACGAAGGCUGUCUGGGUUCACAGCAGGGACAAGUGUGUUACGCCUUGCAGGAGUGUCUCAGGGUUGUGUGGUUAUUGAAGCUGAAGACUCUACGGAAACAGUUCCUUUGAAACCAAGCCUUGUUACGCCUCCCUCCAGCCCCAACUCAAACCACAAGGUCAAUGUAAAGGAGUGGGUCUGACAGCAGGAGAGGACAAUACAUGAGGUCCUGAGAUGAGGUUUUAUUUAGGGAGAUUGUGGAAGUUUGAAAAUGCACUACAAUUAUCACAAAAACAGUUGAAAGAUUUUGUCAGUGUUCUUCUUGAAUUUUUUAUGCAUUCUGAUUUAACGCAUUUUAUAUAUUUGUGUAUUGUAUGUUUUACAUUUGUAAUACCUCCUUUUGUUGUCUUGAUUUGUUUUUAUCAUUUGGGAUGUUUUUUUUCUCCUGAGACCUGCAAAUCCCCUGAAGGUCCUGUUUCUGCAGAAAAUAGAGUGGAUUAGAGCAGAUGUUUUGGCUGAGUGUCAGCCAGUUGGUUAAAUGUUGUGGGUCUUCAUGGUGUCAGUCAUUGAGAGAGGUAGGUGGAGUCAUUUUUUUCUUGUUAUUCUGAAGAUUGACCACAAGGUAUUGUUCAGGUAUGAACAACAUUUCCACUGAAAGUGCUGAGUUUUUAAAAUGUAAUUUCCUUUGCAAGGUCUGUGUAAAUUCUCUGGAAUUUAAAAAAAAUUCUCUAAAACUUCUGUGGAAAAUUAUAAACAUAAGUAUUCCAAUAAAAG